CCAAUCUGGAAGCCUGCAAAUUUUGGCAGUGCCCCUCGGGCCGGGGCCGGCCUCCGUCUUGCCUUGCUUGAGCACAAGAACCAUUGCACAAGCCGACUGAAUCUCAUUUCCAGAUCCUAGAUUCCGGACAGAUUCCAGAAGGCGAAGGGACAAAACAGUGCAACAGCUGCUUUUAAGGUUGGAGAAAGUUCAACUUCAAGCAACUUUUGAAGAAAUUCAGAAACAAGCAUAAAAACUGGAGGUUUGCAGGCGUCGACCACAUCGUCUCCAACUUGGAUCUUUGAAGGAACUCUGGUAUUUUGAUUGAUGAUCAUCAUUCUUCAUGCAUCAGUAAACGGACUUGGUACGCAGUGAUUUGCCAGCAAGUGGUCUGUGCCAUGGCGGACAAGAAAAGCAUCGUGGUCUCAGCCCCUGGCAAAGUCUUGCUCACUGGCGCCUACUUGAUCCUCGAGCGCCCCAAUCCGGGGCUCGUUCUGUCGACCUCAGCCCGCUUCUACGCAACUGUUGCUCCACUCCUUAACGACUCUCCCACUGUUGAUCCUGCAUCGAGGCCAAUUCUCAUCCGUUCCCCUCAGCUGGACAGAGCAGACAUCUUCACCCUAGAUCUUGGCAGCCUGGACGUGGCACCAAGCAAUGGCAGGGGCAAUCCGUUUAUGGAGGCCGCCAUCCAGUAUACGGUGGCUGCCGCCAAGUUGCUCGACGUAUCUGUGGGAGAUGUGCUGAAGCCAGGGCUUGAAGUAACCAUCCUGGGAGACAACGACUUCUACUCCCACCGGAGACAGAUUGCAGAUUCCGGCCUUCCGUUGUGUUCCUCCACCCUCUCUGGCCUGCCCCCUUUCUCCCCUGCCACCAUGAACACCCCUCCCGAAACACCUGCCAAUAGUGCUAUCCCCGAAAUUGCCAAGACUGGGCUCGGCUCCUCCGCUGCGAUGGUGACAGCUGUCGUCGCAGGACUACUCCAGCAUCUCGGCAUGGUCAGUCUGCCAAGGCCAGGGGAAGGUCGCGAGUCCCAUUCCCGCGACCUCGACACAGUUCACCGUUUGGCUCAAGCCGCACACUGCGCGGCGCAGGGCAAGGUGGGCAGUGGCUUUGACGUCAGCGCCGCCGUGUUUGGCAGCCAGCGGUAUGUGCGCUUCUCGCCGAGCGUCCUGCAACAGAGUGGAGAAAGCGAGCCGGUGCUGGAAAGCGUGAGGCGAUUGCUGGCGUCAGCGUGGGACGAGGAGCGACGGGGGUUUGUGCUGCCGCCAGGACUGGUGCUGGUGAUCGGUGAGCCCGGGGCAGGGGGUUCCUCCACUCCGUCCAUGGUCGGCGCCGUGCAGCGGUGGCGAAGAGAGAAGGCGGCUGCCGCACAGCCGGUGUGGGAGGCGCUGGCGGAGGCCAAUUCUCAAGUGGAGCAAGGCCUGUGCCAGCUGGCAGAGUGUGCGGUGUCGGACAGGGAGGCGUAUGAACGGACGCUGGAAGAGUGCAUCGGACGUCCGAGCCACGAGUGGGAAGAGACGGCGUGGGCGGGGCCUCCUUCGCAGGGCAGCCCAUUGGCCGCUCUGUUAGCCACUCGAGCCGCCUUUCGGUCAGUUCGGGAACUGCUGAGACGAAUAGGAGAAGAGGCGAACGUACCGAUUGAACCGCCCUCGCAGACCGCGUUGCUGGACGCCACGGAGGGUUUGCCAGGGGUCCUCUUUGCCGGCGUACCGGGGGCUGGCGGUUUCGAUGCUGUGUUUGCGGUGGUGCUGGGCCAAGGGGCGCGCAAUGUGGUCGACGCUGAGUGGAGCAAGAGAGGGACGCUCCCGUUGUGUGCAACGGAAGAUUCUUGCGGUGUCGUUCUGGAGGAAAGCGACCCUCGUGGACGAGCUUAGAGUCACGUCGGGGUGCUCCCUAACCAAUCUUCAUUUCACAUCUUCGAAUAUGUGCGGGGCACUUGAUGAAAACGCUCAAACGCGAGGCCAUAAAUCUGUGGACAAUUUUGUGAUAUAUAGCAGUACGAACAAGCGUCAAUGAGUCAUGUAGGCUACUUAACAACAAUUUCAAUGAGAGGGACCGCCAACUCUCUGUACUGCAUCAGUGUCUCUGCAGCCACCCG